AUGAGUCUCCAGCAUCAGUACAUGCAAGAAAGGACUGAAUUAGAGCAGAGAUUGAAUAAAGAAGUUGCUCCUCUCAAAGCACAAGUCGAUAGCUACGUACAACAGCUCAACCAAGAGAAGGAGGCCCAGAAGCAGAAGGAAGUCCAAGAAGUAAGGCAAGCUGCAGCAAAAUUUGAGAAACAAAAGAAAGCCAAAGAGCAAACAAAGACAGAAGAACAACCAAAGCAACAAAAACAACAAAAGAGGAAGGAAGAGACACAAGAGGAUAUGAUGGAAGGCUUAGAAGAACAAGAAGAAGAUAUAUCUGUUCCUCUUGCCAUUCCAGAGCAUCCAGUACCUGUCAAACCAAUCAACAAACCAAAGCCAACGCCAUUACCAACGAAAUUUACAAGUAUUUUCGAUGCAAUUUUGCUUCAUAACAUUGAUGAAGUCAAAAAGUUCAUCGAAAAGAAGAAAUCAAUUGUUAACGAACGUGGUAACAUGAGAAUUACGCCAUUUACUACUGCUGCUCUCGAGGAUGAUCUCGAAAUUAUGAAAAUCCUCCACGAGAACGGCGCCGAUCCAAAUAUUACAGAUGGAACUGGCCGUACAGCCUUCCAUAUUGCUGCUGCUAAGGAAUCUAGGAAAGUUAUUGAGUUCCUUGCAGAUAUCAAAGCAGAUAUAAGUAUUAAAGAUAAAGAUGGUCGUAAAGUAACAGAUAUCAUUCGCGAGCGUGAAGAAUCCCAUAACAAAAUGCAGGAAGCUUGUAAAGAAAACGAUGUUAGAAAACUUGGAGAUGUUCUUAGAAAGUGGCCGGACAUGGUUUCAACUGUUUUCAGAGGGGGAAUCACUCCAUUACAUUUGGCUGCUGGUUUUGACUCUCAGAAGAUUUGCCAGAAGCUUUUACAGUGGGGAGCCGAUAUUAAUGCUGUAGAUGAUAACGGAAAUACACCUCUCCAUUACGCUGUUCAAUAUGAUGCACCUCAUACGUCUAGAUACUUGCUUAGAUCAGCUGCUGAUGCAACAAUUAAGAAUAAGGCUGGUAAACUCCCGUUAGAGAUGGCUGAUGCCAAAUAA